CCCGCAAUCAGGUUCGUGCUUUACAAUCCGCCUUACUCGUGACAUUCAUCAUCGGAUGAAAAAAAGGACGGUAGUGUACAUGUUUUUACUUAUGUUACUCUCUCGUCUCCGAUUGGACUGUUCCGUAAAUUCUCGCAGUACGUGCAAUUACGCGAGAGAACGACGUACGCGCGUUUCACAGCGAUUCAUUGAUCUUUACGCGCGUAGCAUCGUGCGCGGCUUCCCGGUUCGUAUAUCGCGCUUCUGAGGGGACGGGACGAGUCGAGUGUCGUCGAGCAAGAGAGAAAGAAGCCUCGGAAACAGUGGUGCUGAGCGAGGCGCGCAACAAAGAGGAAAAUGGAAAGAAACACAGUGCCUCAUUGACAGCCACGUACCGAAGUCAUUCUACCUGUCAGAUGAUUGUCUAUCAACUGGUUCAUCAUUACACAUAAUUCGCUAGAUUCCCAUCUUAAAGCUCCAAUCAACUUCCACAUGUCGCUCAUACUAGGACGAAGGAACUCUUCCUUCAUUAUUAUUUCCAACUCCUAGUGCGAUUAAACUACAAGGGAAAAAUACUAACUGCAGAGAUACCAAAGAUACCAGAACGAAGGAAAGAAAAGUGUGUAACCUGAAAACUGAAGAAAUAAACAAAAAAAAAGAAAAAUAAAAAAGUGAAUAAAAACCGGAAGAGGAAUGGUAAACAAAAACAUCAGAAUAAGACAAAGUGUCUUUGUUAUUAAUAAUAGGAAUAAAAGUACGAAGGAGAACCUUUGUAGGCUCAUUUCCCGGCACUGGAUGUCGGACUGACGCGUCGACCGCGACGCAGAAGGGCAGAAGGUGCAAGCAUUUCGGUAUGCGCGAAAAAGUGAUAUAUACUAACAUCUCCGAGGAACAAUUAAACAUUAAGAAGGAGCGAGAGAAAAAGAGGAGGUUUAUUUCUAUCAUAAGCUUACAGACCAGAAGUCGGGAUGGUUUAAUGCAAAUAGUUCCUCGAGAAAUAUCUGAUUAUCAAUAUUACAUGAGCAAAGUAGUCGAAUAAUCAAAAUAAAAAAAAGUAGCCAAAUACUUCAAUUUCGGGGAACUAUUCAGCAGAUCUGGUUUGCACUAAUUCUAAUGCAAUCUUCGAUACUACACUUUCAUACUACUGUAUCUGAUACUAAUUAAGUAUAGUAUCUGAUACUGUCAAAUUAAAGAAGCAUUCAAAAAGUUCAACGCCAGACAUUUCUAAGCUAACAGCGGAUUACUACACUGUAAGAAACAAUAGAGGACGACAACCGCGACCAUCAAAAUAAGCAAUAGCGUCCUCGCGCCAAGUAUAUGUAGCAGUACUAUUAUUUCGUGAUCUCAGUCCGACGUUUUACCACGCGCUUCCAGGUGCCACUCCUAUCAUGAGCCAAGUACUAUGAGAUUCUUCAACGUGGUGUACGCGAAGUUUCCCCUAUACCUACUUUUAUUUGGGAUUGGGCGCUUAGCUUUCAUUUCUUGGCUUUCACUUCUGAUAACAACCCUUAAAAGGAACGAGCCGUAAAAAGGAAUCUGUGACGAUCUAUUUCGAAGAUCUACAUCGAACAAUUGUUGAACACUGCAACCAGGUUAUUCGUCAUAACUUAAUCUUGGCGAUUAAAUUCGGGCGCAAUUAAAUUGAGUCGAGGACCUUCAAGGAAUAUACAGAACGGACAAGGAAUAGGAAGCGUGAGUGUAAACGAAGAAAGACUGGUAAAGGUGAAGUGGGGUCCGAGGAUAGAGAGCACAAGCAUCACGUGGAGUGUGAGCACGAUAGCACCGCGGGUCGUUCUCAAGGGGACGGACGCCAUGGCGGCUUCUUCGUCCUCAUCGACCGGCGGAGAGCAGCAAUACUCUCUUAGAUGGAACGACUUUCAAUCGAGCAUUCUCAGUUCCGUACGUCAGCUGAGAGAUGUGGAAGAUUUUGUCGACGUCACGCUCGCCUGCGACAGCUGCAGCUUUACCGCACACAAGAUCGUUCUUUCGGCGUGCAGUCCGUACUUCCGAAACUUGCUCAAGGCAAAUCCAUGUCCUCACCCAAUUGUAAUCCUGAAGGAUGUGGCUUCGUCGGACAUGGAAUCCUUGCUACGUUUUAUGUAUCACGGGGAAGUACACGUGGGUCAAGAGCAGUUACCUGCUUUCCUGAAGACAGCUCAAAUGCUUCAAGUGCGGGGUUUGGCGGACGUUAAUAGCGGCGCCACGAAAAUUCCAUCGUCGUCGGCCGGCAACAACGGUAGCGCACCUGCAACCCCACGUAACUGGCAAGAUAACGGCAGAGGGGAUCUCAAUGAAAGUGAGUUGAGUCCACCGGAAAAGCGAGCAAGAAGUUACAGUCCGCCAAUAGGAAACCACGUCGAACCAAAAUUGGAUCUUCAGGAAUCCUUGUUAGGCCAAGCACUCGAAGGUGGUCCCACGAUACACACGACAUCCACAAAUAAUAUACAGGCACAGUCAACUGGCGAAGAUUCGAAUUCUAUGUCAGAAAACGAGGAGGAUGUGUCGAAUCACGGCAGUAUUCUUAAUGCAGUGAAGACCGAGCCAAGUGAUAUUCUAAAUGAUUCUAUAGAACACCAUCGAAACAGCUUCCCUGCAGCGUUGUUAAGUCUUCAAGGCAUGAAUAUGCCAGGACCUUCCGGUAUGCAUCAGGUAGCCAAUCAGGAUCCAAACUACGUCGCUCGACGAAGUCUGGAUAUGAUUCGAGUCCGUGCAACGGAUCCUAGGCCUUGUCCGAAGUGCGGAAAGAUGUAUCGUUCAGCACAUACGUUGCGCACUCAUUUGGAAGACAAACAUACAGUCUGUCCGGGAUAUCGCUGUGUUUUAUGCGGCACAGUGGCAAAAUCUCGGAAUUCUCUGCAUUCACACAUGUCGAGACAACAUCGAGGCAUCAGUACGAAAGAUCUUCCAGUUAUGCCGAUGCCCAGUAAAUUCGAUCCAGAAUUGGCGUCCCGUUUAUUAGCUAAGGCUGGAGUCAAGGUGAGUCCGGCUGAACUUCGCGCACGAGCCAGCCCAACAGCAUCUCGAAGAAGCGACAUGAGGUUGGAGCCACCUCGUGCAGGUGCAUCCGAAGUUGACAGCUGCGGUGGUGAUGAUCCCGAAGACCUUAGUCUUAGGUACAGUUCACCACUUUCGAACACCGUUAUUACUAAGGUAAGCGGCAACAGCAACAGUAGCAGCAAUAGCAAGAAUUCGACAACGAUCGUACCCAAGUCUCUGGAUUCUAUGCAUGGUAACGGUGACCUCAACAUGGCGCCAUUGCCACAUGGCAGUCAUCAUCCGGGCCACAAUACUAGUGCGAUUGCUGGCUCGGCGAUUUUGGACACCUAUUUACAGUUUAUUGCAGAGAACUCUGGUCUAUCGGCGAUAGGACUUAGUCCAGAGCAUACGGCCGCCGUAGCAGCACAUGCCGCUAAGAUGCGCAUGAGUUUGGAAAAGCACGGCAGUCGCAGCUUGGAGGAUUAUCCUAUAAUCGGCAGAGACGAGGGUCGAGGCUCCGGAGUCGUUCAUGAGAACAGGCAGGAAUUCGACAGACACAGCGGACUUGCCGAUGAAGUGGAAUCGUCAGGUGCGGAUGACGACGAAUUUAGCGAGAAUGAGGAGCCAGAAGUGAUAAAGGAAUAAUUCCUUCCUUCUAGAAUAGCUAAUGAUUUUAAACAGCAUCUUCGAAUUACUGACGAAUUCUUCGAAUGAUCUGCAGUUUGCGGCAUAAAUAGGCGCUCGCGACAAUUCUUGUUUAAUGAAGCAAGGGAAGUAAUGUAUAUGCCAGAUCGUCCACCCGAAGAAUCGACCAAUAAUUCUUGUUUCUUAUUGCCUGCUCUAUUAUUGCGUGAAAUGACUUGUGAAGUUUAUUGGAUGCCAGAUAUGUUUGAAAAGUUAAAAAGUCUCCAAAGUAUUUUGACGCCGAUAUAUAGAUGGUGCGUGGACAAGCUUGCUUGUUGGACUAGAGUCACUUAAUUGCCAUUACAGCAAGUAAGCAUAUGUAUAUAUGCAAAACUAUGCAAAUACAUACUCGCAUGUAUACACGCACAUACACACAUACA